AUGCGUCCUGAAGUCGAGCAAGAGCUUGCCCACACUCUCCUCGUGGAGCUGCUCGCAUACCAGUUCGCCUCCCCCGUGAGAUGGAUUGAAACACAAGAUGUCUUCCUCGCCGAGAAGACGGCCGAGCGGAUCGUGGAAAUCGGUCCCGCAGACACACUGGGUGUGAUGGCAAAGCGCACCCUGGCCUCCAAGUACGAAGCUUACGACGCCGCAAAAUCCGUACAGCGCCAGAUUCUUUGCUACAACAAGGACGCAAAAGAGAUCUACUACGAUGUAGAUCCAGUCGAAGAAGAGCCAGAGCCUGCAGCUGCACCCGCUGAGAGCUCGAGCUCAGCUCCCGCCGCUGCUGCCGCGCCUGCUGCUGCUGCUGCUCCCGCGGCGCCCAGUGCUGGACCCGCUGCAGCAGUACCAGAUGCGCCAGUUCAAGCUAUGGACAUCGUGAGGGCGUUGAUUGCACAGAAGCUGAAGAAGCCUUUCCUGGAAAUCCCCCUCAGCAAAGCCAUCAAAGAUUUGGUCGGAGGCAAAUCUACUCUCCAGAAUGAGAUUCUCGGUGACCUAGGAAAAGAGUUCGGCUCAACUCCUGAGAAGCCCGAGGACACGCCACUUGACGAGCUUGGUGCUGUCAUGCAAGCCACAUUCAACGGCCAGCUCGGAAAGCAGUCACAGGCCUUGAUUGCGCGUUUGGUGUCUUCAAAGAUGCCUGGUGGCUUCAACAUCACAGCAGCCCGCAAAUACCUCGAGACGAGGUGGGGUCUUGGUCCUGGCCGCCAGGAUGGAGCACUUCUGCUGGCCAUUACCAUGGAACCACCUGCCAGACUGGGAGCUGAGAACGACGCCAAGGCCUUCCUUGAUGACGUUUCCCAGAAGUAUGCCACCAACGCCGGUAUCAGCUUGUCCACUGCUGCAGCCGCUGGCCCAGCUGCUGGUGGCGGUGGUGGUAUGAUGAUGGACCCUGCUGCCAUUGAUGCUCUGACCAAGGACCAACGUGCACUGUUCAAGCAGCAACUGGAGCUGCUCGCCAGAUAUCUCAAGAUGGAUCUUCGUGCUGGUGACAAGGCCGCCCAAGCUUCUCAGAAGUCACAAAACAUCCUCCAAGCCCAACUGGACCUCUGGGCAGCCGAGCACGGCGACUUCUAUGCCUCUGGCAUUGAACCUGUUUUCAGCCCACUGAAGGCCCGAACAUACGACUCGUCCUGGAAUUGGGCACGACAAGACGCGCUCAGUAUGUACUACGAUGUCAUUUUCGGAAGACUCCAGGUCGUCGAUCGUGAGAUUGUCAGCCAAUGUAUUCGAAUCAUGACCAAGUCGAACCCUCUGCUCCUGGAAUUCAUGCAGUACCACAUUGACAACUGCCCGACCGAGCGGGGUGAGACAUACAAGUUGGCAAAGGAGCUUGGUAUGCAGUUGAUCGAGAACUGCAAAGAAGUUCUCAACGUCGCACCAGCCUACAAGGACGUCGCCGUGCCCACUGGCCCUCACACUACCGUCGACAACCAGGGCAACAUCAAGUACGAGGAAGCUCCCAGACAGAGCUGCCGUAAGCUUGAGCACUAUGUCAAGCAAAUGGCCGAGGGUGGUAAGAUCACUGAGUAUGGUAACCGUACCAAGGUGAACAACGAUCUUGCCCGCCUCGUGAAGCUGAUCCGGGCUCAACAAACCAUGCCCAAGACUGCUCAGGCUGAGCUCAAGAACAUCUCCCAGGGCGUCCGCCAGUCCUUGGCUAUGAAUGAGAACUCGAUUCUUCCCAAGGAGAACGGCAAGUCCGGGUUGGUCAAGAAGAGUGCCUUGAAGUCGGGUUCUGUACCAGCCAAGCAAGGAAAGACCGAGGCCAUGCCAUUCUUGCACCUGAAGAGCUACGAUGAACUUACCGGUUGGGCUUACGACAAGAAGCUCUCCAAGGUCUACCUUGACUGUUUGGAGGAGGCUGCUAGAGAUGGUAUCACCUACGAGGGCAAGUACGUACUGAUGACUGGUGCUGGCGCUGGCUCGAUCGGAGCCGAGGUCCUCCAGGGCCUGAUCAGCGGUGGUGCCAAGGUCUUGGUUACGACCAGCCGUUUCUCUCGUGAGGUCACCGAGUACUACCAGGCAAUGUAUGCCAAGUACGGCGCCCGUGGGUCCCAGCUUGUGGUUGUUCCUUUCAACCAAGGUAGCAAGCAGGAUGUCGAGGCUCUCGUCGACUACAUCUACGAUGCCAAGAAGGGUCUCGGCUGGGAUCUCGACUAUAUUGUCCCCUUCGCCGCCAUUUCUGAGCAAGGUCGCCAGAUCGACGGCAUUGACUCCAAGUCGGAGCUGGCCCAUCGUAUCAUGUUGACCAACCUGCUCCGUCUUCUCGGCUGCGUGAAGACUCAGAAGUUCGAGCGUGGCUUCGAGACUCGUCCCGCCCAGGUCGUACUACCCCUUUCACCAAACCAUGGUACUUUCGGUAGCGACGGUCUAUACUCAGAGUCUAAGCUUGGUCUUGAGACCCUCUUCAACCGCUGGCGAUCGGAGGACUGGGGCAACUACCUCACCAUUUGCGGUGCCGUCAUCGGAUGGACUCGUGGUACUGGCCUCAUGUCUGGAAACAACAUCGUCGCCGAGAGCGUUGAGCAAGAAGGUGCUCGCACCUUCUCCCAGCAGGAGAUGGCUUUCAACUUGCUUGGACUUAUGUCGCCGGACAUCGUCGAUCUUUGCCAGAGCCAGCCCGUCUUUGCUGAUCUCAACGGUGGUCUUCAGUUCAUCAAGAAGCUCAACAAGUUGAUGGGCAAGGAACGUGCGAACAUCACCAACACCAGUGAGGUUCGUCGUGCUGUGACCAAGGAGACUGCGAUCGAGAACAAGGUCGUCAACGGCGAGGAAACUGAGUCUCUGUACAAGAGGAAGCUGAUCGAACCCCGUGCAAACAUCAAGUUCGAUUUCCCCACUCUCCCCAGCUGGAAACAAGAAAUUGAGCCUCUUAACGACAACUUGAAGGGCAUGGUAGACCUCGAGAAGGUGGUUGUUAUCACUGGUUUCGCCGAGGUUGGCCCAUGGGGUAACUCUCGAACCCGUUGGGAGAUGGAGGCGCACGGUGAAUUCUCGCUGGAAGGCUGCGUUGAGAUGGCCUGGAUCAUGGGCCUUAUCAAGAACCACAACGGACCCAUUAAGGGACAGCCCUACUCCGGCUGGGUCGAUGCCAAGUCUGGCGAGCCUGUCGACGACAAGGACAUCAAGGCUAAGUAUGAGAAGCACAUUCUUGAACACUCUGGUAUUCGCCUGAUUGAGCCCGAGUUGUUCGAUGGGUACGAUCCCAACAACAAGCAACUGCUACACGAGGUUGUCAUCGAGGAAGACCUCGAGCCUUUCGAGACCUCCAAGGAGACUGCCGAGGAAUUCAAGCGUGAGCAUGGUGACAAGGCUGAGAUCUUCGAGAUCCCUGACAGUGGCGAAUACACCGUGCGCAUGAGGAAGGGUGCAUCGCUCUGGAUCCCCAAGGCCCUCAGAUUUGACCGUCUCGUUGCGGGUCAGAUUCCUACCGGUUGGGGUGCCAAGAAAUACGGUGUUCCUGAGGAUAUCAUUUCCCAGGUUGAUCCGGUCACCCUGUUCGUGUUGGUGUCUGUUGCUGAAGCCCUCCUUUCUUCUGGUAUCACCGACCCUUACGAGUUUUACAAGUACGUUCACGUCUCGGAGGUCGGUAACUGUAUCGGUUCCGGUAUGGGUGGUGCAGGUGCUCUCCGUGGCAUGCACCGUGAUCGAUUCUUGGACAAGCCGGUUCAGAACGAUAUCCUUCAAGAGUCUUUCAUCAACACCAUGGCUGCUUGGGUGAACAUGCUGCUCCUCUCCUCUUCUGGCCCCAUCAAGACGCCAGUCGGUGCUUGCGCCACAGCUGUUGAGUCGGUUGAUAUCGGUUACGAGACCAUCAUGGAGGGCAAGGCCCGUGUCUGCCUUGUCGGAGGUUUUGAUGACUUCGGAGAGGAAGGCUCUUACGAGUUCGCCAACAUGAAGGCCACUAGCAACGCAGUUGACGAGUUUGCCCACGGUCGCACACCCAAGGAGAUGUCGCGACCCACCACCACCACUCGUAACGGUUUCAUGGAGUCCCAGGGUUCUGGUAUCCAGAUCAUCAUGACAGCCAAGCUUGCCCUUGACAUGGGUGUUCCCAUCUACGGUAUCCUGGCCCUCACUACCACGGCCAGUGACAAGAUCGGCCGCUCGGUCCCUGCACCUGGCCAGGGUGUCUUGACCACUGCUCGUGAGACCCCUAGCAAGUUCCCCUCGCCGCUCCUCGACAUGAAGUACCGCCGCCGCCAGAUUGAGCUUCGCAAGAAGCAGAUCAGGAACUGGAAGGAAUCCGAGUUGGAGUACCUGUAUGAGGAGAUUAACGCCAUGAAGGCCCAGGGCCAAGGCUUCGACGAGAAGGAAUACACCCAGGACCGUGUGGCCCACGUCGAGAAGGAAGCCGAACGUCAAGAGAAGGAGGCUCUCCGAAGCUUCGGCAACAACUUCUGGAAGCAAGACACCUCGAUCGCCCCUCUGCGUGGUGCCUUGGCCACAUGGGGCCUCACCAUUGACGACCUUGGCGUUGCCUCAUUCCACGGUACAUCCACGAAGGCCAACGACAAGAACGAAUCAUCCGUCAUCUGCCAGCAACUGCGUCACCUCGGCCGCACGAAGGGUAAUGCCGUUCUGGGUAUCUUCCAGAAAUACCUCACUGGCCACCCCAAGGGUGCUGCUGGUGCCUGGAUGUUGAACGGCUGCCUGCAAGUCCUCAACACCGGUUUGGUCCCAGGCAACCGGAAUGCAGACAACGUCGACUCGAUCAUGGAGCAAUUCGACCUCAUCGUCUACCCCAGCCGCAGCAUCCAAACCGAUGGUGUCAAGGCUUUCUCUGUCACCUCGUUCGGUUUCGGACAGAAGGGCGCUCAAGCUAUUGGUAUUCACCCGAAGUACCUGUACGCCACCCUUGAUGAGGAUACCUUCAACGCAUACGCCGCGAAGGUCGCUUCCCGCCAGAAGAAGUCGUACCGCUACUUCCAUAACGGUCUGAUCAACAACGCCUUGUUCCAGGCCAAGCCCAGCUCGCCUUACACCGACGAGCAGCUGAGCUCAGUCUUGCUGAACCCGGAAGCCCGUGUAUGUGAGGACAAGAAGUCAGCUGGUCUCACUUACCCUGCCGAUUUCGCCAAGCGGGCUGCUGCCUCUCAAGCAGCUAAGGCCAAGAGCACCAAGGAGACAAUCGAGGCUCUCGCACGCAGUCUGGAGACCACCAAGAACCACAAGGUCGGCGUCGACGUGGAGGACAUUGCCGCCAUCAACAUCGAAAACGACAAUUUCGUCGAGCGCAACUUUACCGAGCGUGAGAUCACAUACUGUCGUAAGAUGCCCAGCCCUCAGAGCUCGUUUGCUGGUCGCUGGAGUGCGAAGGAAGCCGUCUUCAAGAGUCUCGGUGUUAAGAGCAGAGGCGGAGGUGCUGCGCUGAAGGACAUCGAGGUCCUUCCUGAUGAGCACGGUGCCCCAAUUGUAACACUUCACGGUGACGCUGCCGAUGCCGCAAAGCAGGCUGGUGUCAAGGAGAUCAGUGUAUCCAUCUCACACUCAGAGGCGCAGUCGAUCGCCAUCGCUGUGUCGAGGUUCUAA